AUGCCUCCUGGCACGCGUCGCGCCAAUCGCAGCGGGUACGCCGAGCAUGACGAUUUCGAAGGACUUCCCGUGCGACAAUGGCGACACGACUGGGCAAGCGUGGCGACGCAGCCGCAGCAGGAACAACAGCAGCUAAACGACAUCUGGGCAAUUGAGCUGAUACACGGGAUGCCCAAGGACGCCAACCUGCUCCCCCCUCACAGCCAAGAGCUCCUCCGCGCCGCCCGAUCCGGCCGUCUCUACAAACGGCCUGCCCCGGAAGAAGACGACGCCGAUGUCGACGUGGUCGCGCCCGAGAAGCCGGAGAAGAAGGAGGAGGAGCCCGAGGCCCAAGGCUUUUCCAUCAAGGUCUGGAAACAGAUUCCUCGUAACGUCGAGGCCUCCACUAUCUCCCACCUUGCCAAGCGCAGACGCGGCACCGUCACGAUUGCCAGCAAAACCGUCGAGGAGAAGCCGACGGGGCCGACUGUGACGCGCGCGACCGUCAGGCGCAUUGAUGCCGCCGGCAACCCCUACACUGAAGACGUAACGCUGGUGGAGGGCCAGCCGGUGCAGGGCGAGAUCAUCUCGACACGCGUCGAGGUGGCCCCGGGCGCCCACACAGAAGCCGUGGCCCCCGCGCCGCCUCCGCAGAGGAGAAGGCCGCCGCCGCCGAAACGAAAAGCCAAGGCCGGCCCGGGCCGGGGCAAGAAGAAGAUGAAGAACCCGAUGCUCGGCCAGCGACCGCCGCCGGGCCCCGCCGCCGCAGCCGAGGGCGCUGUUGCACCCAUCAAAAUCGAGGAUCAAGGCGAGAAUUGCCUCAAUCGAGAAGACACCAACACGCCGAACCCGGACAGCGAAAUGGCGGAUGGCGACGAUGAUGAAGACGACGAUGAUGGCGACGACGGCGAAGACGACGAAGUGAUGACCGAUGCCGCCUUCGCGGCCAAUCCGUCCUUCUCGGAACCCCCAGCCGCGGACCCCAGAGACGCCAUGAACCCAACGGAACUCACGCCACCCAAUCCGCUCUCCCUUGCGCCACCCGCAGGCAGCCUUGCCUCGGGCUCGCCGAGGCCAGAAGGAAGCCCCCUCAAGAAUGUCGUUUUGCCGUCUCCCCCCGAGCCAACGUCCUCCGAGGUGCCGCCGCCGCCCGGCCCAACGCAGAUGCCCAAAGUCGAAGCAGCCACCGAGUCGAUGAUUGACCAGCCUCCCUCACCGAUUGUGAGCGAUGAACCAGCAGAGGCCAAUCAAAGAGACCUCCCGGAGCCCGAGCCAAUGGUUGAAACGGCGCAUCAGGAACCCGCCUUGUCGGAGCCCGCCCCCUUCAAAGAGGAAUCGCCAUGGCAGGGAAGAGAGGAACAUGACCCGACCAAUGAAGAUGCUCUGCUUCCACCACCACCUGAUCAAGUUGGCAACAUCUAUUCCCCCAGGGCCGAGUCUGGUCCGGCCAAGUCGCUUGACAGCGAAGACAAGGGCGGGGAAGAGGAGGAGAAUCAGUUUGAGGGCGAGGCUCUGCCGCCUCGUUCGCUCAACCAGUGCGAUUCCGUCAUGACAGAAGACACCAUCAAACCAGAUGACUCCGCGUCCGUGCGAUUUCCACUAUCCGAGUCGGGGCCUUCGUCGGAAUUUGGCACGGCUUCACAGGCUUCUCCUCAAGAAUCUCAAGCUGCAGACGAUGAAAAGCCGGAUUUGAUCGGCGGGCUGAUGGGUGAGCUGGAUCGAGAGGCCGCAUCGAGCGGCGAUGUAGCCAGGCGCCCUUCGCCACAGCCACAAGUUGAGGAACCCGCUGGCGGGCCCGAACAUGGCGUUGAGCAGCCCUCCGCGGAAGGCUUUGUAUUAGAGGAAAGCGCUAACAUCAAGGACGAGCCGAAGAUGUCUGUGGAGCCGGCGGAAGGCCCUGGCGACGACCACAACGAGGAGCAAAAGGUGGAACCAUUCUCGAAUACGCAGGCUGUCGAUGCGCAGCCCUCCGUCGCGGCGCAGUCUCCUCCGGGCGUGCAAGAAAAUCCGCCCUCCAAUGCGUAG